AGCCAUCUAGAUGAAAAUAUAAACAGUCUUCAUUUUCAAUAAGACAUUCAUAGCAAAAUUCCAGUGUAUUUUAUAUUAAAUUUAUAUUAUUUUUUACUUAAAAACAAUGGGACGUAAAAUGUGUGCGCCUUUAAAAGCUUGCAAAAGUCGCGAGCUAAGAGGAGGGAUCCUAUAUACCGACUGCCACUGCCUACGUCGAAAUGGUUUACAGUAUGACUGUCGAAGAAGUGGCUGCCAAGCUUCCAAACUCUGCCAAACUUUACCAGCACCUCUAUGUGGACCAGCUAACACAGCUUGCGCUAAGCACAGAUAUAAUCCACACGCUGAACCGUUAUACAACAUUUGUAAAAUGCGGAAAAAUAAUUAUUAAAGUCUAUCAGUAUCGAGCAACACCUUUAUAUAUAUUAGGACUAUACUGGUGUUCACCAUGUGGUCCUAUGAUAUGUUACAAGUACGAAGAUUGUGGUCCUCCAAAAGGCCGAUCAAGUGAUGCAACACCUCAAGAGGAGAGUAGCAAUGAAAAAAAGAAUGAUAAGGAAAACCAGCUCAAACGAACAAAAAGCCGCGAACUUCGCGGUGGGAUAAUGUAUUACAGCUGUCAUUGUAUUAAACGUAACGGGCUACAACAUGAUUGUAGACGAACUGGUUGUGGCGGAGAGCCAUCAUGUCUAGUUCUUCCUGAUCCUUUAUGUGCCCCUAGUCAGCUAGCUCGCGCACGAGGCCUGGCGGACCCCGCACCCUUGGCAGCACAUUACCGAGCGCAAGGUGGUGGAGCUGGCCCUUCAAAUGACUCUAGUGGAGCUGCCGGUGGCGGAAAAAGGUUCAUUGUUUGUGAAUUGAAAGGCAUAGUUCCGGACUCACAAGCAGAUAAAACGACCAAGUGCUGUAAGUGCCCACCUUUAGCGAAUAACUCGAAAGUUCAAACCAUUGGUAGCAAAGAUUGUCAUUGUAAUUCUUCUAGCCAGGGUCCCAAUAUGUCGUCAAUGUUUGUGUUUGAUGAAAAAACCUUAGAGAGUAUAAUGAGUAAAUUUAAUAAUAAAGAGGUCGCGUCAAGCAAAGAAAAGGUUGUUAUAGGACCCGGGGGACGACCUCGUAAAUCUAAAGUCGAAGCGCCAAAAGAAAUUUGUACUCGUCCGGGCUGUGUGCAUUGGAAACCACCACCGCCAUGUGUUUGGGAUGCUCCUUGUAAGGCGGACUGUUUUGAGGCACCCCCGGGAAUUCAACCAGGCCGCAAUCCUCUCACUGGCGGUGGUGGCCCCAAUGCAGGACCCUACAAAUCGGGCGAGAAAGUAAAAAUCCUUACGCUCAUUCAGUAAAAUGU